UCUAACUGCUAAUUCAAUAAGGAUUUCCGCUGAAAUAUUUUUUAUAGUUAACGUGUUAUGAAUUCAGAUCUUGGAUCUAUCUAGUCUAGCAAUAAAAAAGCAGGGUGGGAAAAUCCCAAAAUAGCAAGAUGGGGAGAGGGAAGAUUGUGAUACGCAGGAUCGACAAUUCGACAAGCAGGCAAGUUACUUUCUCCAAAAGAAGAAGUGGGCUGCUUAAGAAGGCUAAGGAGCUAUCAGUCCUUUGUGAUGCGGAAGUUGGAGUAAUUGUCUUCUCCAGCACAGGCAAGCUCUAUGAUCAUGCAAACACUAGUAUGAAGUCCAUCAUUGAACGCUACAGCAAACAAAAAGAGGAGUGCCAGCCACUGUUAAAUCCUGCUUCAGAAGUGAAGGUAAGCACUCAACAAACACUUAUAUUGCUUUGCGAGAUUUACAGCAUGCAUGGAGGCAUAUCCACUCAAGUGAUUGCAUUUUUACUCGAGGGGAGUUGUCAAUGGCUCUAGGGCCACUAUGAAAAAGCAUCUAGAUUUAUAAGCAGCUUCAUGGUUUUUCAUCGCUCCCACGCUUGAACCUGCCUUUGACUUGAAAAAAGAAAGC